AUGGAUCCCGUGUCGUUCGCUUCCGCUGCCGCCAGCUUGUUAGGCGUUACAGUUCAGAUUACCGGGUCCCUCUACGGGCAGUGGGAUUACUCAAGCCCGUUGUUGGCUGAGCGUCUAAUCUAUGAACUUUCACAGCUUCGAAACGUCCUACAAUCUCUUGAAUUAACGGCUUUAUCCUUGACGCAGCCGAUUAUUGUCUCCAAGGAUUUGCUUAUUUGCCUUCAUGACAUAAAAGACGCCCUCGUCUCUUUGGGAUCCGAGCUGCUAGCGUCAGACUCUUCUCAGGUGUUCCGCUUUCAACGUUAUGAUCUGCCAUGGAACUCAUUUGGUACUCCGGGGCUAUCACGGCCUACCAAACUUCCGUUCACACCUUCCGCAGGUCUUGCCCACGUGCAUACCCUCCAUUCUUAUCUUGUGAGGUUGAGAGUAUUGAAAGGUCCGUCUGCCUCUCGUCAGAGACGCUGGCCCCCGAAACAUACGGUAGAUCCGACAGGGACAUUGUGGCAGAACUGUGCAGAGUAUAUCGAAACUCAUCAAUCGGCCCGCCAAACUCGCUUGGAAAACACUGGGAUAUGGUUCAUUGCACAUGCAACUUUCCGUAGAUGGCUCGUGGGAGCAAGUGCAAGCAACAUUCUCUUUUGCCCGGGAAAGCCUGGCUCAGGAAAGACCCUUUUAACGGCCUUGGCAAUUGACCGAGUACGAAGAUGGCAGCAAAGGAGAAGGUCCUCGAACACGGGUCUGGCUUACUUUUAUUUUAGCUAUAGGAAGCCUAGCCCAAUACCCAAAGUUGUAUUGUCGCUACUGCAUCAACUUCAUUUGCAAUCCUUGUCACCAGUUGAUGAAUUGACUGAGCUUGAAGGCCACGCUGCAAAAUGCGAGCAUGUUUCGUUCACGACCGUCAUGUCUGCGCUUAUGGCCGUUACAAGACGAUUUGCAACUACUUAUAUCGUUCUUGACGCCUUGGAUGAAUACGAGGCCGACGUUAAGCAGGAUUUGCUGCGUCUCCUGACGUCGAUAAAAGACUCGCCAAUCCGACUACUUGCGUUCUCUAGACCUGACCAGACGUUCAACAUCUUGGACUCUAGUCCAAAGCUUGAAAUUUUCACUCCAAAAGAAGACGUUGAACAUUACUGCACUGUCAAGUUGCGACGUUCACGUAUACUGGUUAGCCAUCAGGACUUACUGGACAAGGUUAUAUCUGCUCUUGUGGAUGGCAGCGAGCGGCUUGGCAUAUUCUUACCUGUUGUCUUACAAAUUGACGCUAUCCUGCAGAAAACCAGCAGGAGACAAAUAGAAGACCAAUUAGAGCAGCUUCCACAAAACCUACAGGCGGCUUACCAAGAUAGCCUAACCCAGAUAAAAAUACAGAAACCUCGCCUCGCAGAAUUAGCAAAACUCACUAUUACCUGGUUAUUCUACUCUCAGAGACCGCUUGAAAUGGCCGAACUUCUCGAGGUCCUCAGGUUCUUGGAUCCAGUCACUUCAGACAUCACUGCUCCCCUCAUCAUGGAAGCAUGCAUGACACUGGUACAGGCCGGGGAAACUAUAGCUUUUACGCACUCCUCCGUCAAAGAAUUUCUCGAAUCUACACGUGACGCUAUAUGGGAUGAGUCUUUUGUCGCAGCCCAAUACUGGGCUAUUCACCCACCGCUCGUUGAAACAGAAGCGACAAACGAAGUGGAUGAGUGGGAGAGACCUCCCCUCCAUCUGGCUGCUGCCAAUGGCUUCAUCGACUGCGUCACACUCCUUUUAACAAAGGAAUCACAAUGCCGGCAAGAUUUCUACGGAAGGACGGUGUGGCACCAUGCGGCGAUGAGCGGAAAUCCAGAGACUAUGCGCUGCUUGAUCGCGUUCAACUCUGGGAACUCAAAGUCCUGUCCACAUUCCUCCGAUGGGUUGAAAGUCGAUAAAUUAGGCAAAAGCCCACUCGAAUACGCGGCAAAAAAUGGGAAUGCCAGCGCAUUCGGCAUGCUCCUCUCAAUGUAUACUUCUGAAUCCUCCAGUCAUCUAAGGACCGAUGCUUUUCGGGCUGCGUUGGACGAGGGCAAGACGGAAAUUGUCGAUCGUGUUCUGUCUGAAGGUGAGGAUAUCCAGUACGAAUAUCUUCUGAGAGCAACCAAGACCGGGUUCGAGGACACAGUGAGACUUUUAAUAGAUUAUGGGUCAGACGUUGAUAAUCCAGACGAGGAUGGGGACUCGGCACAGCACGUUGCCGCGCGAGAAGGUCAGAACAGAAUGCUUCAGUUUCUGUUAUUGAAUGGAGCAAAACCACACAGACAUGAUCGACACGGUCAGAAGGCACUUGAUAUAGUCAUUAAGAUGGGCAAUGCCGAAGGGGUGAAAAUUUUAUUGCAAGCUAGGGCUAAGCCAGAAAUAUCCAUCAACAACGAAAAGUUUGAGCACUUUGCAGUCGCCCACGACCAGGAGGACAUUGUGCAACUUGUGUUAGCCCCGGGAGCAGAUCCGCUUGCAAAAGCCUGGAGAGCAGCCAAAACGGGCGGUGUCGAAAUUCUGCAAAAUCUUCUCAAGCUAGGGCUGCUCCCUGAUCCUAAUUCCCAUGACGGGCGGAGCCUCAUUAACAUAGCAAGAGAGUCGGCACAGAGCUUCAUCUUGGAUAUAUUACAGCCACGUGGGUCAGAAGUCUCUUCAUUAGCAGCCUACUCUAUUCUAACGGAAGAUGCAGUUGAGACUGCCGCAUCGCUUCACAACGUUGUAUCACCAGAUGAAGAAGCUGCUCCGCAGACAGAAGCGGCCUCGGAAGCAACAGUGGCAUCUGAUGAGCAGGUGGAAGAGUUGAGCUCGAAAAUUAGUCAAGAGGAAGAAUCAGCCGCAAGAUUAACGACAGAACAACUUGACGGUGCCUCACUGCCAAUGCUCACUCUUCACUCCAUUAACAAUCGUCGAUCGGCACCAGUAUCAGCCCAACCGACAGUCCAAGAUGAUUCGGAGUAUGUGCGAAGCUUGGACUUGAUCCAUGCAGCUGUUCCUUUUCUACUGCUCUCGCUGCCUAUUCCGGCUGGAAGCAUUACUCUCGGUACCAUUGUCGCAGACCCAGCUGACCCUCUUUUGGCGUAUGUGCCAAAGAAUAACACUCCCCUAUUCAAACUAGUGGGAGGCGACCGAUACGAAUUAGUACAAUCGGACAGCCAGACUACCAAACGAACCAAGUCUACCAGCAAGUUCGCCUUUGAAGUUUUACAGCAAACUCUUAGCCUUGGGGAAACUCAAAAUCGAGUGGUUGAGACCAGAUCCACUAGCGUGGUGCGGCAGCAGCUUCGCAACCACGAACAAGUUCUGUCCCGGAUUCUCCAUGAUCCUUUAAUGAGGCAGGAAAUAUUUGAGGGCGCUAAACGAAUUGGCAAAGAAGAAUUAUGCAUGGUAGUUGGAAUAUUGGUCGCUACUGAUCUCCAUGCUGGUAGGAUGAGGGAAUAUAAAACUGCUGCCGAAUCUGGCACCAAUUCGAAUGAAGCAGCCCUUUCCGAGACUCCAAAGGCGAUACAUCAAGGCGACAAGAUAUUUGCCAUCAGUUACCGUUCCAUCAAGUUUCAGCAACGUUCGGUCCAGCCUGUUCGUGGGGGCCAGUGUACCGUAUCUGAGGUCUUUGUUGAGGACUACUUCAUUCCGAAACCGCAUGAAAGACUGUCGUGA